AUGCAUCCGCUGAAGACUGUUUUCAUUACCAGUAUCAACAUCUCCAUCGCCUGGAAGAAUCUGGCAGAUGAAAAGUGCAUCCUCAAGUUCGCCGCUGACUUCAUCGCCAAUAGCGUCAAGGUUGCAAAGGACAAGAACCUCUUCCCUGACUACAUCUACCAGAACUACGCUGCAAAGGACUCAAAAGUGUUUGACGGAUACGCUGCUAAGAACCAUGACCGCCUGAGGCAAAUUAAGGCCAAGUAUGAUCCCACUGGUAUCUUUUGCAAGCUGCAACCAGGAUACUUCAAGCCAUAG